UCUCAGGUGUCCAGCUACAUAUGCGCACAAGAAGACCUUGUAUAGGCAUAUGCGAUCCAAACAUGGUGUGGAUCCAACUGAGUCAAGCAGUGAGCCUAAGAAGGGAGCGACUUGUUACGUGUGCGACAAAGUGUACUCUAGUGUUUCUGCACUCAACCGCCACUUAAGAGUCCAACACCACCUCAGUCUACACACAAGUCGCACGAAACUGCUCUGUCCCGAGUGUUCGGCCGAGUUUCCAAAGUCCAGCAGUAUGGACUUACACUUGGAACAUGGUCAUGGAAUUGAGUUAUCUUCUUCUCACAUUAAUUUUGAGAAUAUGGAUGAUUUCUAUGCUUGGAAAGAGGAGACGGAGAGGAAGACUCACUCUUUAUUUGUAAAACAUGAAGGAACGAAAUCAGUAGAGGAUGGUGACCGAACUUAUUAUUACUGCCAUCGAUCAGGUCACUCAAGAAAAAUGCAGGAUCCAGACCGCAUCAGGUGGAAGGGGUCUCCAAAGACAAGCCAUUACUGCCCAGCAAGACUAACUGCAACAGAAUCAAAUGGAAAAGUAUCGGUUAUCUACAAAGAAAAACAUGUUGGUCAUGACUUCAAUUUGGGUCAUUUGCGUCUCUCAAAAAAUCAAAGGGCCAUCCUUGCUGCCAAACUGCAAUCGAAGGUUAAAAUGGAUGACAUUCUGGACGAAGUAAGAGACAGUGUGAGUGAAGAACAUGGACUAACAAGAAUGCACCUGCUUGAGAAGCGUGACCUGCUCAAUGUAAUUAGAGAGUUUAAACUAGAUAAGAACCGAGCUCAUGAUAAUGAUGCCUUUAGUGUUGAGUUGUGGGUUGCAGAACAGCAAGAAAAGAACCCGAACAUGGUAGCCUAUUACAAAGGCCAGCACAAACAAGAUCCAUCUGAAGUGCUAAGAGACGAAGAUUUUAUGAUUGUAUUAAUGACAGAAUAUCAAAAGGAGCUCGUUCGAAAGUAUAGCAGUGACAAAAUCCUUAUCGACAGCACUCAUGGAACGAAUAACUAUGACUUUCAACUGACAACUCUCAUGACUGUCGAUGAGUAUGGAGCUGGCUGUCCAGUAGCAUUCUGCAUCAGCAACCGCAUUGAUACUGAGAGCAUUGGAGUAUUCUUUGAAGCAGUUAAAAACCAAGUUGGCAGAAUCAAAUGCAACGUCUUCAUGUCUGAUGACUACCCAGCCUACUAUAAUGCAUGGGAAGUCGUGAUGGCCCCAGCAAAUCACAGGUUGCUAUGCACAUGGCACGUUGACAGAUCCUGGAGGACGCAGCUGAAACAAAAAGUUAAGGAAAACAAAGCUCCUGAAGUAUACAAAGGAUGUAGAGUGCUUUUGGAGUGUAAGCAGGCUGAAGACCUAGAAGAGCUGGCAGAAAGCUUCAUUCAGAUGUGUGAAAAUGAUGAAGAAACAAAAGAAUUUGGUAAAUACUUCAGGCAGUACUAUGCAAACCGCAUUCCCAUGUGGGCCUUCAGCUUUCGCCACAAACUUGGUUUGAACACAAACAUGUACCUGGAGGCGCUCCAUAAAAAACUCAAGUACUGCCACUUUGAUGGGAAGGCGAACCGUAGGAUGGAUAACUGCAUUGCCGCCCUUCUCAAGCUCAGCAAGAACCUCAUGUUUGAGAGGCUAAUUCGACAUCACAAACAAAAGCCGACUUCCAGAAUGCUUGCCAUAACAGAAAGCCACAAGAAGAGCGCAGAAAUAAAACCAGAUGCAAUUGAGCAGGUACAUGAUGCUGAAUGGCGAGUAAAAUCUCAGUCAUCUUUAAGGGGGCCAUACGCAGUCACCUUAAAUGAAGACCAGUGUGAAGGCUGCCCACUCCAAUGUCCUAUCUGCCAGAUAUGUGUCCACCAGGUCUCCUGCACAUGCGAAAACCAUCUCAUCGGAUUAAACAUAUGUAAACACAUUCAUGCAGUCAUUGGUCAUUACAAAUUAAAAUCACAAACACCAAUCAACAUCACUAUUGAAGAAGCAGAAGUUCAGUCCAUUACAAAAGAAUCAGCUCACCAGCAAAAUUUCAGGGAUGGGGUUUCAAAGGCUGCACGAUUGAAGUUAACCAUGGAAAUGGCUGCAGGUUUGGCACUUCAGGUCCAUGAAAGUCAUCAGGAUGAGGCCAUUUCCGGAGCGGAUCGACUUGUGAAGCUUCUCCAGAAGCUAAUUCGAACUCAGGGGGAAGAUACUAGCAAAUUAGGCAGCUUUCAAGAGAAAAUUCAAAUCAACCAAGAAAAUAAACAAGAAGCCAACAAGAGCCAUUGUGAAGCCGGGUGA